AUGAGGACGUUUUUGUCGAGUUUGUCUUCCUUGAUUGACUUGAAAUCAGACAAAUAUUUCUCUGGCAAAUUUGAUGGAAAAUCAUUAAUCUCCUUAGCACAGGUUGUCCUGCACAAAGCGAUCUUGUAUGUUGUUGCCGCAAGACAAUCAGAUCCUUGCGUCUACCAUUGUAACACAACCCAACUAUCUGGUUGUAAAUACAACAGAGAGGCUGAAGGUUACUGCCCAAUUCUAAGCUAUAACGGAGACUUGCCACAAUGGGCUCGUUACUUCCCACAGGCUAACAAAGGUGGUCAGUCUUCCUUAGCAGAUUAUUGUACAUAUUUUGUUGCUUAUUCAGAUGGGUCUUGUACGGAUAUCAAUAGAGGGAGUGACUCCAGGUUAUUCCUGGGUGAAGUGAGAGGGAGUGACUCCAGGUGUAUGGCUUCAUCUUUAGUGCAUAAUGGGUUUGUUCGGGGUUCCAUGCCACAGGGUGGUUGUUAUCAGCAUAGAUGUAAAAAUAAUUUGUUGGAGGUUGUUGUGGAGGGAGAAUGAAAAUUCUGCCCUAAAGCAGGUGGACCGAUUCAAUUUUCCGGUUUUAAUGGUGAAUUAAUUUGUCCGGCUUACCAUGAACUCUGCGGUUCACCCGUAGUUUCUGUGCGGGGUCAGUGUCCUAAUUCUUGUAACUUUAAUGGAGAUUGUUUUGAUGGGAAGAGUCGUUGUCUUCUUGGUUAUCAUGGUCAUGACUGUAAAAACUGUUCUUGCCUUAAUAAUUGCAAUGGACAUGGAAAAUGAACAGUUCACCGUGUAUGCUUCUGCGAAAAUGGAUUUACUGGAAUUGACUGUUCCACCGUCGUGUGUGACAAACAAUGCAGCCUACAUGGAGGAGUGUGUGAUAAUGGGGUUUGCAAAUUCCGUUGCUCUGAAUAUGCUGGCUACACAUGUGAAAACAGCUCUAAACUAGUUACGAGUUUAUUAGUGUGCAAGGAUGUGUUGGAGAGAGACUUAUCAGGGCAACAUUGUGCCCCAAGAGAGCCUAGCAUACUCCAGCAGCUUGAGGAAACUGUGGUCAUGCCAAACUACAUGCUGUUUCCGGGUGGGGCUCAGAAGUUAUUUAACAUAUUCGGUAACAAAUAUUGUGAUGAAGCAGCGAAAAGACUAGCUUGUUGGAUAUCAAUCCAAAAGUGUGAUAGUAAUGGAGACGAUAGAUUACGGGUAUGUCAGUCCUACAAUAUCACAUGUGGGGCAACCUUAGACUGCUCGGAUCAAACCUUUUUCAGUACCGUGGAAGAAAAUGAUGCAGAAUGUACUGGGUAAGACGAUGUCAAAUCGCCAUGGUAUAGUCGUUUGUGGAGUAGAUUUGUAGCAAGUGACUAG